AUGCAGGGCUCUCGAGAUAACUCCGGGGAAAAUCAGGACGUGGUCGACUCCAAAUCUCCUGAAAUCUCGUCUUUACCCUCUCAGCCACACUCAAUACCACAAGUGCCGACAAUAACAAAAACCCAAGAAUUUCCUAUCACUCAAUCGGCAGGCGCUCACUUUGAGAGUGUGUCUGACGAAACGUCAACGGACCAUUCUCUAAAAGUGCUACCCCCGAUCCCCCUUCCGGAUAUACGAUCGCCUCCGUUGUCUAUCCAGAAUGCCUCAGAUGGGCCUCUCUCUACGUCUCCGCCUAUGCUGCAUAAAGCGUUUACAGCCGAAACCCCACCUACCUUCGACUUUCAGAGUUUCCUCGAUCAGAUGAAAACAAAGAGUGCUGAGCCAAUCGCUCGAUACCUUCGAAGCUUUCUAACCAACUUUACCAAGAAGCCAUUCUCCGUAAACGAGCAAGUGAAAAUCAUUCACGACUUCCAAGAUUUCAUUACAGCUAAAAUGAGAGAAUGCGAAAUCUGGAAAUCGAUGUCUUCGGAAGAUUUUGACAACGCCUGCGAGGCGAUGGAGAAACUGGUAAUGAACCGCCUUUACGAUUAUAUCUUCUCUCCUCGUGUUGCACGGGCAGGCAGACAGGUUACUAAUGACGAUCUAGAACGGGACCAUGUUCUCCGACAGCGAAUACAACUCCUAGGGUGGCUACGUCCGGAACAUCUUGAGAUACCCAUCGUCGAUGGAAGCCAUGGCUUCAUAGCUUUUGCUGAACAAGAAUUGGUCAAGAUUAAUCAUUACAAGGCACCUAGAGAUAAGACAAUCUGCGUACUGAAUGCUUCCAAAAUCAUAUUUGGUUUACUUCGGCAUAUGCAACGCGAAGAUGGAGCAGACUCAUUUUUGCCACUCUUAAUCUACGUGAUCGUCAAGGCCAAUCCAGAUAAUCUCUUGUCAAAUAUUGAAUAUAUCAAUCGCUUUCGGGGUCCCGAGAGGCUCCAAGGAGAAAUCGCAUAUUAUCUUUCCAGUCUGAUGGGCGCUGUUUCAUUUAUCGAAACAUUAGAUCAUACCUCCCUUUCGAACAUCUCGAAGGAGGAAUUCGAAAGAAACAUCGAACAAGUGAUUCAGGAGUUGUCUCUGACAUCGGAAUCAAACAUUUCAAUGAUGCCCUCCGGUCGUGACGAUGCUUUCGUAGGUGAUGAGAGUGCUCAGCCACUACGGAUUCCUUCUGUGUUGCCAAACCCUGCAGCCAUAGCAGAAGACACGAGACGUUUCUUCCAACGAACAGGGGAAACAAUCAGUAAACCCAUGAACAUGUUGGGCAAAUUCAUCGCCAGUACAUUCGAUGGCGUAGAAACAUCAUCCUCAUCAUGGAAGGAACAGACGUGGCCAUCCCCCGCGGCCGAUGGGGGUGGAGGAAAUGCUACAUCAACACCUCAACCUCAAAUCUCCACACCAUAUCAACCUCGAAUAAAGUCUGGGGCGUCUACCCCCCGCCGAGGAACCACUCCUAGUCAAAUAAUGCGGGAAGGGUCUUCAUUACUUAAUCCUAGCGCCUCGCCACCUUCACGAACGUCAACGCCAUUGGAUUUCACCGCCAUGCAACGUGAAAUUGAUCGAGCACAUGCUAAAGCGGCAGAGGCUGCUCGUGGAACGCUGCUUUCGAUCUUCCCCCAUGUCGAUCCAGAAGUAGCCGAUUGGGUGUUAGAGGCGACGGACGGAGAUCUGGGCUUGUCAAUUGAGAAGCUGCUUGAAAUGUGA